AUCAGUUUUGUUGUUUUGCUUUGCCCCGCUUCUCAAGGAAAAGGGGAAUUGGAAAUCGGGAACCACCGGUAGUGACGUGCGUACGUGGAGGAAGGUAAGGGCGGAUCGGAGGUGUAAACUUCUAACAGUUUCUAGAUCCGCUACCGCCCCGCGCGAGCGGACACGUGGACGGCCACUAGCGAAUUUCUGCAUUCUCCUCCCCUCCCCCUCCAAGUACUAUAAAUUCAGUUCCCUACUUUUUACUUUCUCAUCAAAUUACCAGCUCGCUCUUGAUCACCUCCUUUACUCGCCAUAUCUAGAUUUGAUUUUGUGUUGUCCAAAAAAGAAAAUUCCGUAAUGUCGUCGUCGUGCUGCGCGGGAAACUGUGGAUGCGGCUCCGGCUGCAAGUGCGGCACCAGCUGCAGCGGAUGCAAGAUGUAUCCGGAUGUGAGCUACGCCGAGACGACCGCGGCUGCCGGGACGGUGGUCCUCGGAGUGGCGCCGGCGAAGGCCAGCUUCGAGAGCGGGGCGGUGUUCGCGGAGAACGGCGGGUGCAAGUGCGGCGACAAGUGCACCUGCGACCCCUGCACCUGCAAAUGAGAAGCGAGCUGGGAGCGUGUGUCUCUCCAAUCGAUCGUAUUUAAGAGUAUGAAAUAAUGUUUUUGUUUUUUUUUUUUCCAGUUUUCCGAUCCGUGCGUGUUUCUAAGAUGUGUUGGUGUUGGCCGUUACGUAAUGUAUAUGUAGUGGAAGGAAGGUGUCCCGACUGAAUUGUAUUAGCGAUUCAGCGAGUCUUGUCUUAAUAAAGGACGCAUGCUUUCCGUGUUCGAGUAUGCGUUUGUUUGUUUGAAUCAAAACUCGA